GCCGAUCGAUCGUGUCAGUUUCGAAAGAAAAUGUUUCCUGGUUCCUUAACGUGAAUUCGUCUUUUGGAUCGGAUGUGAUUUUAUUUCAAAGUCGAAAUGGCUUCACCACCGCAAAACCUCACGGCCGUCCAUGAAAACAAAAAAUAAAAACGAGCAAAAGGGGCGAAAUAUAAUAAUAAUCGUGCCUGCUGCCAAGAAAAUGGGAGACCAGAGCACACACGUUGCAGUCACGAAGAAGGUCGGAACGAGGUCAACCCGCGGCUUUUAUUCAUCCUGUUGUUUUGGCAGCCGAAAAAAACCUUUUUUUUUCUUCUUCUUCAGAAUCGAAGGGCUUUUUCUUCUUGUUUUCGUAAGUAUUACAUUUUUGUUUUGGCCGCCAUUUUUGUUGUUGUGAGAGAAAAUCCUCGUGUGCAUCUCUCUCGUGUGUUCCAUAUAGACAAGAAUAGCACGCGGGAUCUGUGUGUGUACAUAAUAAGGUCUGCGUGAGUCGUGUGUGUGUGUGUGUGUCCACUUUGGUAAUGGGUUUAAACCCCAGGCAGAAACACACGAAAGAAGCAAACAACUAUGGUGUAAAUGUAUGAAUGAAAAUGAUGAUGAUGAUAUGGAAGAAAAACCAAAAGUAUUUCCGGAGCUGCCGGGGCUCAUCUCGUAUGUAUUCGUUUUUUAAAUUUGAAAUUGUUUUUCCUUGAAAUACUAUGUGCAACUCCAUGAAAGUUUAAGGCAAACUCUCUGGGUGUUUUGGUGAAUUAUCUUUUCAUCUCGCAGGAUGGAAGGGAAAUCGCUUUAAUUUGAAGAUUCUUCUAUCCCCUAGUAGGACUUGGUUUUUUUAAAAUUGCUUUCUUUAUGCUAUUAUGGCGGCCAGUUCCGUAGGUACGGCACAGCACACCUAAUAAAUUUCCUCUGCCUAAUGUCAUAAACCAUGCUCCUUUCUUUCUAUACUCCUGUCUGGUUUUUAUUCCGACUGUGUGCAACCAGAGGCAAAACCUUUUGAUGAUGAUGACGGUGAAGUGGCGUCUUCCGACGCCAUAUAAUACUAUUGUGACUUGACUCUGCUGCCGUUGGAUGCCUGUGGAUUGAGAAAGUCAACUGCAUGGAGAAGAAAGAAGAAGAAUAGGAGAACAACAACAACAGACGUCUGGACUGGCUAAAUGGCAACGAGAAGGGAGUAGGAGGAGCUGGAGCGGAAGUGGCGGUGCCCUCGCUCAUUUUUCUGGCGCAAUUAGCCGUUGAAAUUACUCCGCGAGCCAAGGAUAUACACGUAUAUAUAUACUCGCUGGGCACAGCAGCAAACAAACCCUGGCUCUUAACCACCACCCCCUAAAGGCAUACUAGUUGAAGAAGAAACGGCCAACUGUAUAUAACACAAUAACUUGUUUCUUUCUCCCCAAUUUCAAGUGUCCAAGGUCCAGCAGUUCCAAAGUUUCUUCAGGUAAAAAAAAAAAGAAACAAAAGGUGUUAAUGAUGACUUUACCUUUGCUCGACUCACAUAACCAACAAGGAGCCGGGCUGCUCCUGUGUGUGCAGCAUAUGUUUUUUGGUAGCUGGGGCUAAUUACUUUUACAAGACACUUUGUGCUUGGCCGUUUUUCUUCGAGAUGGCCGCCCUCUUAAAGAUAUGGCGAGGCUUAAGAUAGGGAAACAGGUGACCGCAACAGCGGCGUCCGGCGUCGGUGCAGGAGUCACCUUGAUUCUCUCAUUUCACAAUUCCUCCUUCCCCCCAUAGAGAUCACGUCCUGUCCAUAGCUUAUUUUUAUCUUCUUUUUGGUUGUUGUUGUUUAAAAAAUAACCGGCCGUGUAACUAUCGGUUGACUUUCUAAUGACUCUUAAAAGGAACCCUGGCUACUACUACUACCUUCUUUGCUAUAGUUAUAAUGAAGGCCCAUCACGCCAUCAACUUACAGGUUCGAACGGCGACAAUGGCGAAAGGUUUUUUUUACUUUUCUGACCACCUCAGUUAAAAUCUAAUUAUUUUCAAGUUUGUUGGAAGAUUUUGAAUCACGAAUAAAUUGUUUUUAUUUUUUCUUUCUUUCUUGUUGCAGAGAUGGAAGAGAAAAGGAGGCGGAGUCGUCGAGAAGAAAGUCCUGGGAUUUUUUUUUUGAAGAGAAGAAGAAGGAGGAUGCGAUCAUCAGGUGAACGACUUGGAACUUCCGCCCGCAGUAACGUCCGCGGGAUAAGUAGCCUAGCAGGAGCAACAACAACAGCAGCAAGUACAUCAUGGAGUUGACCUUUCGGUCACGCCGGUAUAUCUGCUAUAGUACCGGAGGUCACACACACAUAGUAUAUAGUUGUACCGACUAUACCACGGCCGCAACCACACCGGUGCGCCAUCAUCAAGGGUAGAAACAACGAAGAGGAGCCUGCGCUACGGCAUUAGCGUGUACUUCCAGCUGGUUUCCUCUCCGCGUUAGUCGAGAAAAUUUUCAAACCACAGAGAAGAAGCGCCUUCGUUCGCCACACAGCCUGAGAUUUCCCAUCGAGUGUGUCCGGAUGGAACCCGCCGCCCUUACAGUGGGCUCCCAAGGCUGGAUAAAAAUAAGGAGCCAAGGCUUCGCUCUAUGGUACACAGCACCGGGUCAUUUGGCUCGUCGGGGGUCACACGGGAUCCACAGUCAACUUGCAUUCGGACCCAACAAGGAGCUAUGGGGGUGAGCAAAUCCACUCGAGGCGGCAACAACUUCCGGCCAAUGUUGUCGUAUCAGAAAUGAAAUCAUUCCGCCGGACUUAAACCAAACUCCUUUAGGAUCAGAAAAAAAGGUUUCCACAUAAAUCCUACAGAACAAAAAAAAAAGAUUUUUCCAGGAGGGGGUGUGGUUUUAGGUUUCUGCCUGGAACCAACGGCCACCCCUCUAUUUGCGGGGACGUCUGUCUCUGCUCAAUGUCAAUUUUUAUGACAUGAACAUGACGAGCUCUCCCGGCUUAUGUGUGUGUGUGUGUAUUAGUACACAUAUGGGCCGGUCGACUUAUAUUAUGGGUAUAGAAGAAGAUUUAUUUAUUUUGAAUAUCAUCUCCCCGCGUAUUUUUUAUUUAUUUAUUUGCAGACGUGAAAGAAAAGAAGAAAAAAUAGAAAGAAGAAGAAGAAAAGACAAGAAAAAGGUCAGUCGGGUCAAUGGAGCCGAAACGCAGCGUGCGCGCCUGGCCCAACCGGGCCAACUACCUUUUAAACUGGCGAGUUCAAAAGUUCGCGCGCGCUACUCGACUACUUAAGACUCUCCAUCGAGCACACAGGAUCCAUCCAGCCCAGUCUAUCCACAGGGUGCCCUCUCCACUAUACCAGUAUAGAUAAUAUACUGUCACUUUUGGUUUGCUCCUGUUGUUCUUUUUUCUAAAUUCUUGUUACUCUUUUUUAUCUAUUCACUCGCACAAUCCAAAAAUAGGAUCGAUAUGUGAUUUGUUCUAUUUAUUUCUCUUUUUUUUAAAUAUUCGACAGGAAAAGGAGUGGAUGGAAGAAGAAAUUGGAUUUGCGGAUGAGAGGAAAUGAUUUGGAGAAAUUUUUGUGUCGGUGGGGGUAGUAGAUUGGAGGGCAAGAAAGGAACGGAUGUCGAUGACGUCGAUGGAGAAAAAAGAAGAUGGAGAGGUGUUGGCCCUGUCGAUCGACGUCGAAAGAAGAAGAAAAAAAGAGACUCGGCGCCAGUGGGAGGGAUGGGAGGAGCCACAUCGCUAACGACGUCCAAUGGGGGCCGAGCCAGAGAUCAAAGGGGGAUGGCCGGAGGGCGCCCGGGGGGCCGCGGCCUCUGGCACGGCGCGCACCAAUAGACACACACUGUGCCACACAGAGCCAAAGCCACCACCAGCCCAGCACACACACACACAAGUCCCUUUUAUUUCUCUUUUUUCUUAUUUUAUUUUUGAAAGAGCCCGCGCGCGCGUUGCCAUAACGACAGCCCCAAAAGGCCACCACCUCCUUGUCCCCACCCUCUUUUUCGCUGGCUCUCUCUCUCUCUCUCCUGUGUGUGUGUGUGUCUGGCUAAAGGAUGGCUGCGCUAUGAACCCGAGAGACGGUAUCACGGGGCCAGUUGAACGCUGCCGGCCGAACGGCCUCAACGUGUGCCCUCUGCCGCUCCGAUACUCCUGACCUUUGAACCAUCACACCACUUCAUACAGAGACAUACACACGACCGUAUAGCUUUUGCUUCUUUGGACUUGACGAUCAACUCUCCUCCAAAUCGAUCGAAUUCCUUUUUUUAAAAACAAAAGGAAAAUUUUCAAUCCGUGAAGAAAACAAACGAUUGGUUACCCUCGCCAGCUACCGGUUAAUGUCAUUUUUGCUCGAGUCUAUUUCGCGUGCCGGAGGAAUUACGUCAUUUGGAAUAACUUGACAAAUCAUUCAGGUGAAAUCGUGAUGGAUUUGUGUGACCCAGUGUCGAUGAAUUAAAAGUGGAACGACAUCAAAGUGUAGUUUUUGAUUAAUCCCGGAUCCUAGUUUGCAGUUGGUGUUGUAACAUCCAAAGUGUUUCGAAUCGGAAUCUAAAGAAUUGCGUAUUUUUUCUUUUAGUGCCGAGUGGUUUUUUUCUGUGCGUCAUCAGUGAAAAAAUCAAAACAACAACAGCGAUAAAAAAAUUCAAAAAAUAAAAACUCUUCGAAACUCAUCGAAUCAGAAAAGAAGGAAAACCGAAAAACCAACCUAAAAAAAAAGUAUCGGCCUCAUCAUAGCGUCGUUUCCGCUCUCACUGUCGGGUCCGGCCAUGUCGCUGAUGGGGACCAUGCCAUCCGGCGUGCUGCUGGGCGGCGGAGGAGUGGUCGGCCACGGUCCCGGCGGAUGGAGGGACGUCGGUUUGACGUCGGUCGACGAUCCUAUCGGCCCAGUGGUGGGAUCGGCGUCCCUGGGCGGACUGGGCGGACUGGCCAUGACUCCCCACCACCAGCAGCAGCAACAGCAGCAGCAACUCCAACAGCAACAACAGCAGCAGCAACAUCACCAGCCCCCGCCGCAGAUCUCGACGCCAGGAUCGCAGGCCUCUUCCGGCGCCUCCUCGUCGGCAUCCAACAACGGCAAAGACGCCCCCAACGUCGAGUGCGUCGUCUGCGGCGACAAGUCAUCCGGAAAGCACUACGGACAAUUCACUUGCGAAGGGUGUAAAAGUUUCUUCAAGAGGAGCGUACGUCGGAACUUGAGCUACUCGUGCCGGGGCAACCGCAACUGCCCGGUGGACCAGCACCAUCGCAACCAGUGCCAGUACUGCCGGCUGAAGAAGUGCCUCAAGAUGGGCAUGAGGCGAGAAGCUGUCCAGCGGGGUCGAGUUCCGCCUUCGCAACAUCCGGGAUUCCCUGGUCAGUUGUCGCUGACGAACGGGAUCGGCGGCGGCGGUGGUGGCGGCAACAUGGGCCUGGGCGGCGGCGUUGGCGUGGGCGGCCUGGGCGUGGGCAACGACGGCGGCCUCAACGGCUCGCACGGCUACCUGUCGAGUUACAUUUCGCUGUUGCUGAGGGCCGAGCCGUACCCGACGUCGCGCUACGGCCAGUGCAUGCAGCCGAGCAACAACAUCAUGGGCAUCGACAACAUUUGCGAGCUGGCCGCCCGGCUCCUCUUCUCGGCCGUCGAGUGGGCCCGCAACAUCCCCUUCUUCCCCGAUCUCCAGGUGACGGACCAGGUGGCGCUGCUGCGCCUCGUCUGGAGCGAACUGUUCGUGUUGAACGCGUCGCAGUGUUCCAUGCCGUUGCACGUGGCCCCGCUCCUGGCCGCCGCCGGACUCCACGCCAGUCCCAUGGCCGCCGACCGCGUCGUCGCCUUCAUGGAUCACAUCCGCAUCUUCCAGGAGCAAGUGGAGAAACUCAAAGCCCUCCACGUCGACUCGGCCGAAUAUUCUUGUCUCAAAGCCAUCGUCCUAUUCACCACAGACGCUUGCGGAUUGUCGGACGUGGGACACAUCGAGAGCCUGCAGGAGAAAUCGCAGUGCGCCCUGGAAGAGUACUGCCGGACACAGUACGCCAACCAACCGGUCCGUUUUGGCAAACUGCUCCUGAGGCUGCCUUCUUUACGUACCGUCUCGUCGCAAGUCAUCGAGCAACUCUUCUUCGUCCGGCUGGUCGGCAAAACGCCCAUCGAGACACUCAUCCGCGACAUGCUCCUAUCCGGUUCCAGUUUCAAUUGGCCCUACAUGCCGUCGAUGUGAAUAUUUUAAAAAGUAAAAAUUUUCAAUUUUUCUUCUUCUUUGUGUGUGUGGAGUGUUUGGGGGAGUUGGGAGCUGCGCAAAUGUUUUUGUUGUUGCCUCCUCCCCCCGCCACCACGAAAGACACUUUCCCCCCUUAUAAUAAUAAUAAUAAUAAUAUCUACGACAUUCGAUAUUUAGUUGUAUAGUGUUAUAUAUAUAUUAUUAUAUCCCUCAGCCCACCGAAAUCUCAUCGUUUGUGCUACUUGAAUAUGACACACACUCAUACAAAUAGUCCUCUAUUAUGUUUUUGCGGGUGGGGACUAAUACUACUUAUAUUACGUAUAUUAUAUAUAAAGUAGUGAAAUGGAGAUCUUAUUUCCGAUAAAAGACACACACACAUCCGGUCAUGAUCUGCAAAAACAUAUUUUCGGUUUGAUAAAAUAAGAAAUUAUUGAUAAUUACAACAUAGGCUGCUAUUUAGCCCCACCACCACUUUGAAAUCUUUUUAACAUUUCUUCAAUUUUCUCUUGGCUCUCUUGAAUUUUUCUUUUUUCAAAAAUAUAUAUUGAAAUGAAUAAUUAAUUAUACUAUUAUAUCGGAUUCAUUUGGUAUACAAAUAUUAUAUGAAGUGGGACACGCAGGAAACAAAACAAUAUUCAUAUUGUAUUCACUCACGUCUGAUAUUUUUCCCUCGUCUCGGUUUUCACUAGAAGAUACAAAAAACAAGAAAAAUCAUUACAAAAAAACAAUAAUAAAUUCAAUUUCGUGUUGUUGUUGUUGUUGUAUACGUGUAUGUGUGUGAACAGCGUCAAGCCAAAGUUGUGUACAGUUCCUUUUAUCAAAUUUUUUUUGUGGUAAAAUCUCCCCCCAAACCAAAUUAAAAAUGAAAAAAAAAAAAAAAAA